AUGUACCGACCGUGUGUCGGUAUAGGUAUCCAUACAGCACAGUACCUAGAGCGAGCGACACGACGCCUGGGCGCUGGCCAUGUCUGCUCACUUUUUGCUUUGAUCCAUCCCGCUUCACGCUUCUCUUCACCUGCGAAAAUCGCGCCCCCCAGGCCUUGGCUCCAACCCGCCUCCACCACCACACCUGCCUGGCCCUGGACUGGAACCUGCACCUGCACCUGCACCUGCACCUGGGCAGGGGGCGCUUCAUCUUCCAAGGCUCCGACUUUGCGUUCUUGA